UUGGGGUACGAUCGAAUGCAAGAUUACAGAUCCCACCGAGUCACACUCAUUCCCAGGGCUCCAUUUCCUCCAUUGGCAAGCCUCAGCGAUAUCACCAGAGCUUCACAGUAUACGACUACAUCGCGUACGCUCGACUGUGGUAUAGAUCGCGACCCAAAUCUCAUAUUUGCCCAACCAGGAGCAAUGUAUUUGGACCGGGGCGUGCCUCUACGCACGGCUGAUGCCCCGCCAUUUAAGGACACAGACACGCUAUUCCCCGUCAUUUCUGGAAACCAAAAUGUCCAACCAGAAAUCGGGGCGAAGAUCCACAAAGGGUUUUUCCAAGUUGAUGAGAAGUGGACCUGCUAUCGACGGAACUAUUUCUCGAUCUCGUGUUCGUUUUCCUUUCACCCAUCAGCCCACGGACCAUUCUUCCUCAAGAAUGAUAUUCGAAACGAAAGAAUUCAUCAGUUCUCAAUGUCAAUAUCAGCGAUUGUGAAUGAGCAACAUGGCGAGGUCCGGGAACUUGUGCAACACACCCCAAAGCGCGACAAGCAGUCGGAGAGACCCCCACAAAGAGUUGUGCUGCAGCCCUCUCAAGCAACAUCAAUGGUACCGAGCCUGGGAUCAACAUCAUCAGCAGGUCAGCAUGGUUUUCCUUUGAUGUCCCAAUCUGCUGGAAUGGGAAUGGGAAUGGAGUAUAAUUCCUCGUAUGUCGGGGCUCCGCAGCAGCACCAACCUCCAACACAGCACACCUUCGAGCGAAUCCAGUUCCAAAAAGCGACCGCAAACAACGGGAAGCGGCGCGCCCAACAGCAAUACUACAACCUCGUUGUCGAUCUCUACGCUGAGAUUACUAGUCCGCUUGGCAACAACGAAUGGGUUAAAAUAGCCCGGAAGCUGUCAUAUCCGAUGGUUGUCCGAGGACGUUCCCCUGGUCAUUACAAAGAUGGCCGGCGGGACAGUUCGACAAGUAUGGGUCCUGACGGAGGAAGCGGAGGUGCUGGAGAUGGUAGCGGUGAGGCAGUCCUUCCUCCAGGCCUGGGACAGGCUUCACGAUCCCACAUUGCUCUUUUGCCGUACGAAUCGACUCAACGGGGUGGCCAUAGUUACGGUAGAGCUGACUACCAUCAAAUGGCGACGGCGGAUCACUCGCCCCUUAGCGCAAGUCCACACAUUUCCUCUUCGUCAUCAUCCACCUUUGACAUCGGCAUGAUGAGUGAUUCUCUUGAUCCAAUGGACUCGAUAAAAAGCACUUCCAGCAUGGAGUCCUAUCAUGAUCCAAGCUAUGGGAUGAUGGAUGUCCGGAAGGACACUCAGUAUCGCGGCCACCUGCCCCCGCCUUUUGAGUACGGACCGGUCCACAAGACGAGCGACAGUCCUGAGACCACCAUUUCCGAAGGGUAUGAUUCGAUUGCGUCCAUCGUCUCUAGCAACCCUAGUGAUGGUCUUUUCCUAAGGCACCAUCCACGGACAGCGUCGCAAGGCUACCAUCAUUCAAGCCCCGGUGGCUAUGAUACAGUUUACUCCGCUCGGUCUGGAAAUGGGAGCGGCAGUGGGGGUAGCCCCUAUUACCGGCAUCCCUCAUCUCAAAGCCUCUGCACUUGAUCGUCAUCCAGGGCUUCUACACGAUUUUCACCCUUCAUUUUCCCAUCCUUCCCUGCUUGUGUUUGACCCCUUACCUCUCCUUGCUAUGUCUGUCUGCAGCCCGAAACGAACGGAUGAAAUCUAAAAACAAUAUCCCAAUCCAUCUAUCCUAUUCGCACUCUCCUU